GCGCUCCGCCCUUGGUUUUUUCUCCCUAGACGACUCGGGGCCUCUACUGCGUCUCUUUUUGUCUUUUCUUUCUGCCUAGACACAUAGAAUUGAGUCCCAGCAUGGCUGCCGACUCUUCAAAGGCCGGUGUCACCUCUGUCGAACAGACUCCGUGUGUCAUCCCAGACCUUUCCGUGAAGGACUUGCUUUCUGCAAUUCCCUCUCACUGCUAUAAGAGGUCUGCCCUACGCUCCUUGAGCUAUGUCGUCUACGACUUCGCCCUCCUCGCUGGCAUGUACAAAACUGCGACCUUCCUGGACGCGUCGAUCAGCCCCGAACAACUUUCCCUGCCCCACCCGUCCCUCUACACUCUGGCCCGCUUCGCGGUCUGGACGCUGUAUGGGUUUGCAGCUGGCUUGGUCAUGACUGGGCUUUGGGUCAUCGCUCAUGAGUGUGGACACCAAGCGUUCUCCGAGUCUAAGUUCCUUAAUAACUUGGUGGGAUGGAUCCUUCACUCUGCACUUGGAGUGCCUUACCACUCCUGGAGAAUCACGCACGCGAAGCAUCACGCUUCUACGGCUCACAUGACCGAGGACCAGGUUUUCGUCCCGAAGACUCGUUCCCAAUUAGGCCUACCUCCUUUCGACCCCACGAAGGAGGAUAUUUUGGGUGCCAGUAUCUCCAACGAAGUCAAGAAAGAACUGUGGGACGCCUUGGGCGAUUCGCCUAUGGGGGCAAGUUUCGGCGCAGCCACCUAUCUGCUGGUGGGAUGGCUGAUGUAUCUCAUCCGGAAUGCUUCUGGUCAGAAGCGUUACCCUGCGUUCACCAACCACUUCAACCCGAACGCUGUUAUGUUCAAGCCUCAUCAGCGGGGGCAGAUAGUCCUCUCUGACAUCGGUAUUGUCUUGUGGUUGGGUGGCGUUAUCUCGGCCAGCUCCUACUACGGUUUCGCGAACGUCUUACGCCUCUACCUGGUGCCCUACCUCUGGGUCAACCAUUGGCUUGUGCUGAUCACGUUCCUGCAACACACUGACCCUCUCCUUCCCCACUACCGUGCCGCCGAGUUCACCUUCCCUAGGGGUGCCCUUGCUACCCUCGAUCGCCAGUUGCUCGGAGAUUGCGGCAAGAUCAUGGGUUGGCUUGGUGCUCACCUCACUCAUGGUAUCUCGGAGACGCAUGUUCUUCACCACGUGUCCAGCAAGAUCCCCCAUUACAACGCAUGGGAAGCAACGUACGCACUCCGCAAGCGGCUGGACAGCGCCGGUAUCAAAUUGCAGGGACGCCCGGGUGGUUGGGCUGAAGUGUACCGCAUCUAUAAAGAGUGCAAGUUCGUCGAAGAUGAGGGCAAUAUCGUCUUCUACAAGAAUGCCCAUGGUCUCGCUGCCGCCCGCCCUAUGCACUCCGGAAUUUGCGAAAGCGACUCCGGCAUUGAGCUUGACAAGUGAGGAAUCAAAUGGCUAUCAUGAAUCGAUGCUUUCAUACCCUCCCAUUUGUCAUCUUCCUCGAGUUCGGCGCCGUACACUAGAAAGGCCGUGGUAGAUCGGAUUCGUUUGUAUUUACACGUUGUAGACUGCCCCCAUACACUCGCAUAAUUGGAAUUGCAUUGUUUUCUGC